UGUUCUGGAAAGUAAAUAAAACUAUGAACAGAUGAAACGACACAACUGACUUUCUCAUUUUGGUUUUGAGUAACCUACAACGUCAGAAAACGUAACCGUAGGCUACGGACAUUUGGACUUGAAAACGUAGGCGUAACGUUGUUGGUUUGAUAUUGAAAACGAAUGACAGCAUUUUUACUGCAAGUCUGCACACUGCUGUUGCAACAACCCAAUUCAACAGGAAAUCGUGGCGAAAUCCCGUGCCUUUGCCCCAGAUCUGUUGGAAGGUGUCCUCUCCUCAAUUAAGUUGUCACUCGUGAAGUCGUGCCAGCGGUACAACGAUCAUGCUUCAGUGGGAAAUUAUGGAUAAAGAUGAGCUGGAGAAGCAAUACUCACCGAGUCAGUGGUCGCACAGAAUGUCUGGAGAUGAAGUUAUCAAUGCUCAUGUGACAUCGGUGAAAGCAGGCACAGAAACCGCCUGCAGUAUAGCUCAGACGCUGCUGGAUGUGCCGUAUGGACCGGGAGAAGAUGAGAAAUUGGACGUGUACAUGCCACACAUCACAUCUGCAGAAUGUCCCCUGCUAAUUUAUAUCCAUGGAGGUUACUGGCAGUUUUUAAGCAAGGCAGAGUCUGGUUUCAUAGCGGCCCCUUUGGUUCCAAAAGGAGUAGCUGUGGUUGCUGUGGAUUACAGCAUUGCCCCCAAAGGGAACAUGGAUUUAAUGGUAUCACAGGUGCGGAAAAGUGUGGUAUCCAUCAUACAGCAGUAUUCACACAUAAGUGGACUAUACCUCUGUGGACAUUCUGCAGGUGCUCAUCUUGUGGCCAUGGUCCUCUCUACAGACUGGUCACAGUACAGUGUCACUCCUCAAAUAAAAGGUGCAUUCCUUGUGAGCGGAAUUUAUGAUAUUGUACCAAUAAUAUCCACAUCUGUGAAUGAGCCACUCAAGAUGAACAAGGAGAUAGCCUUGCAAAACAGCCCUAUGCAGUUUCUUCAGCAGCUGAAAGUCUCCUCUGCUACAUCAGAAAUUGUGGUUGCUGUUGCACAGAACGAUUCCCCAGAGUUCCGGAGACAAUCAGAAGACUACUUCAAGGCUUUGAAGUCCUUGGGAAUGAAAGUCACAUUUGAAGAUGUCGCAAACACAGAUCAUUUCGACAUCAUGGAAAAAUUUGUUGAAUCAGACUACCACCUUACACAGCUUCUUGUAAAGAUGAUGGGGAAAGACUGAAGUCACUUACAAGCAACCGAGACACUAAAUUACAGCUCAGUCCACUUUUUCAGUGCUUCUGUUUAUAACAGGAUAUAAUAAUGCCUUCAAGUAUUUCAUUUUGAUAAUAAACUUGAUGAUAAUGAUACAGUUUGAUAAUAAACUUACAACAUAUAGACAAAGGGCCCUUUGGAUAUUUAGAGAUAUACAGAUUAUGCAGGCUGGUAGUGUAGCAAUUAAGGAGCUGGACUAACAUGCCUGAAAUGUGUGGGUUUAAUUCCCGACUCCCACCGUUGUGCCCUUGAGCAAGGCACUUAACCUCUAUUUGCUUCGGGGACAGUGUAAUCUUUCGUAAUUGACAUACAGUUGACAUACAGUAUGUCACUGUCACUUUGGACAACAGUGCCUGCUAAAUGAAUGAAUGUGAAUGUAUAGAUGGGAAAUGGCUUGAAAGGACUCUGAUGAAGACGUUUGUAACAUCGAAACGUUAGUCAUGUUUUGCACCUUUUAAAUUAAACCUUAAAGAAGACAUCUGUGUUGCACCGGCAUUCCUCUUCUUACAUAACACAUCAUCUUUGUGCUGCCUUGCACUAUAUUUAUAUUUAAUCUUAAACCUCAUAUUGAUACUGCACUAUUCCCACUCUCUCUUCAUUGUAUAUUGCAUCCUGUGUCUUGCCUGUGCCUGUUGGGGUGUCCACGACCAUGGUAUUCCUUGACAGGGACAACAAGGCCACU